AUGUACCGGGCACUUCCCGUCACAGGUCGUGUAGCCUCCUCGUCGUCGCGGCCGGCCCUCAAGGUCGUGUCCAGACGACUCGCUACCGACGCCGUCCAAGCACCCAAAAAGAAGAGCGUCGUCAAACGGUUGUUCUGGGUAACAACCGCAGCAACGGGAACUUUCUACAUCGGGAGCACCUUUGCCGCCUUCAACAACCAGCAAUACUACGACUUCUUCUCCGACAAUGUCCCCCUCGGACAGCCCAUGCUCGAGUAUGCCGAGGCACACAACUGGGACACCUUGACCGUCGAGGAUGUCAUUGACGCGGCGAAGAAUGGCGUUGUCACCAUCCAGCGACUCACCACCGACCUCAUUAACAGUACUCCUGGUGCUCGCGAGGCAGUUGAAUCCGCCAAGGCUGCAACUGAAAAGAAGAUCGAGGAGGCUAAAUUGUCAACGUUGAAGGCUAUCCAGUCUACCAGGGCUAAAGUCGAUCCUGUUGUCGACCAGGCCAAGUCCGAAGUCGACAAGGUUGUCAGCAAGGUUGAGGCUGUUACUCACACCGAACUCAGGUCCAAAGAGCAGCCCAAGCCUGUAGUCGUUGAGCCCAAGGUUGAGGAGAAGAAGGAGGAAGAGGCCAAAUCCGUCCCGGAGAAAAUCUCUGAUGACGUUUCUGAACUCGUUCGCAAAGCUGAAGACGCCCUCUCCGGCAAGCCUGCUGUCGUCGAAAAGGCUACCGAGCCUUUCUCCGAUACCCCCGUCCCCUCGGAAUCCUCUCCUGAAGCUCAACCCGGUCUUUCCGACAAGAACGUCUAUGUUGCGCCCUUGCCUAUUGGUUUCGAACCACCCCCGGGAUACGUCAAGCCUUCACCACCCAAAAAGGUUGAGGCUGAGGCUCCCAAGGAACCUGCUCCACAGGCAACCAAGGAGGAGGAGAAGCCUCUGCCUGAGGUUGAGCUCCCUCUCGUCGCCCCUGUCGUCGAAUCCCUCAACGUCCAGGAGCCCAUCAUCACCCACCUUGCUGGCACCAUCGACAACCUCGCUUCUUUCCUCAAGGCCAACCCCGCAGCUGCUGAGCAAGCUACUGGUGUCCUCGAGAACGCCAAACAGGACCUCUCCGCCCUCGUUGAGCGAAUUGAAAAGGCCAAGGAGGAGGAGCGAACGGCGUUGGAGGCCAAGUUGGAUGAGCAGACUCGGGAGCAUACCUUGAAGUUGUUGGAGUUGGAGAUGGAGGCGCAGGAUAAACUCGACAGCCAGGAGGAGGGCUUCCGCAAGUUCUUCGAAGAGGAGCGGGCCAAGUUCAUUGCUGCUUAUCGGGCCAAGCUUGACCAUGAGCUUAAGACUCAAACUGAGCUCAUCAAUGAACGGCUAAAGGAGGAAGUCAUUGCUCAGGGUAUCGAACUCCAACGCCGCUGGAUCCGCGAGAUCAAGGUUCGCGUAGAGCAAGAACGUGGAGGCCGCCUCGCCAAACUCGACGACCUCGCUGCCGACCUCAAGCGCCUCGAACGCAUCGCCCUCGACAACACCGCCUACCUCGACGAAAACAUCCGUGUGCACGCCCUCUGGUCCGCCGUACGUUCCCUGAGCAGCGCCGCCCUCGAGAGCCCCAAACGCCAACCCUUCCGUGAACAACUGAGGGUCCUUCGACACGUUACUGCCGCGCGUGAAGACCCUGUUAUCCAAGCUGCCCUCUCGACCCUUGAAUCCUCCGACGUCCCGGAUAUUGGUGUUGAACCCUUCGCCGAUCUGUCAUCUUGGUUCACCACUUCUGUGGCACCCAAGGUGGCCGAGGUUGCGUUGGUUCCUGACGAGAACGCUGGUGUAUUGUCGUACCUUGCUAGCAAGGUUCUGUCAGGGAUCAGGUUCAGGAAGCAGGGAUUGGUUCCUGGUGACGAUGUUUUGAGCGUGCUGUCGCGGGCCGAGUACUACCUCGUUGAGAAGGACUUGGAUAGUGCUGCUCGAGAGCUCAACCAGCUUAGAGGUCCUGCGAAGGCGCUGGUUAAGGACUGGCUGGAUGCUGCAAGGAGGAGGUUAGAAGUGAAGCAGGCACUUGGUGUUAUCCAGACUGAGGCUACGCUUUCGUCGUUGCUUGUGGCAUAG